AUGGCCAACACACCCCACGGCGGUGUCCUGAAGGACCUCUUUGUGCGCGAUGCGCCUCGCCAGGCCGAGCUCCUCGAGGAGUCGGACAAGCUCCCCAGCCUUACCCUGACUGAGCGCCACCUUUGCGAUCUUGAACUGAUCCUCAACGGUGGUUUCUCUCCUCUCGAGGGUUUCCUCAACGAGAAGGACUACAACGGCGUUGUCAAGGAGAACCGUCUCGCCGAUGGCAGCCUCUUCAGCAUGCCUAUUAACCUCGAUGUCUCUCAGCAGACCAUUGACGAGGUUGGCAUCAAGCCUGGCGCGCGCAUUACUCUCCGUGAUCUUCGUGACGACCGCGCGCUUGCCAUUCUCACCGUCGAGGAGGUUUACAAGCCGAACAAGAACCUCGAGGCCCAGGAGGUCUUCGGAAGCCCCGACGACGUUACCCACCCCGGCAUCAAGCACCUCCUCCAGGUCGCCCAGGAGUUCUACGUUGGUGGUAAGCUUGAGGCCGUGCAGAGGCUCGCGCACUACGACUUUGUCGACCUGAGGUAUACGCCCGCCGAGCUGAGGCAACACUUCGAGAAGCUCGGCUGGAACAAGGUCGUCGCCUUCCAGACCCGUAACCCCAUGCACCGCGCUCACCGCGAGCUGACCGUUCGCGCUUCGCGCUCUCAACAAGCCAACGUCCUUAUCCACCCCGUCGUCGGCCUCACCAAGCCUGGUGACAUUGACCACUUCACUCGUGUCCGAGUCUACAAGGCUCUCCUUCCCCGCUACCCCAACGGCAUGGCCGCUCUCGCCCUGCUGCCCCUCGCCAUGCGCAUGGGUGGUCCCCGCGAGGCCAUCUGGCACGCCAUCAUCCGCAAGAACCACGGUGCCACCCACUUCAUCGUUGGUCGCGACCACGCUGGCCCCGGCAAGAACAAGGACGGCAAGGACUGGUACGGCGCCUACGAUGCGCAGAUUGCCGUGCAGAAGUACCAGGAGGAGCUCGGCAUCAAGAUGGUCGAGUUCCAGGAGAUGAUCUACAUCCCCGACCGCGACGAGUACCAGCCCGCCAACGAGAUCGCCCCCGGUACCCACACUGCCAACAUUUCUGGCACGGAGCUCCGCAACCGCCUCAAGACCGGCAAGGAGAUUCCCGCAUGGUUCUCUUACCCCGAGGUCGUCAAGGUUCUCCGCGAGCAGAACCCUCUGCCUGCGGCCAAGGGCUUCACCAUCUUCCUGACGGGCUUCCAGAACAGCGGCAAGGACCAGAUCGCCCGUGCCCUGCAGCUCAUUCUUAACCAGGGCGGCGGCCGCUCCGUCUCUCUGCUCCUUGGCGAGACCGUCCGCCACGAGCUCUCUGCCGAGCUGGGCUUCAGCCGUGAGGACCGCUCCAAGAACGUUGCGCGCAUCGCCUUUGUCGCCUCCGAGCUGACACGCGCCGGUGCCGCCGUCAUCGCGGCGCCCAUUGCACCUUACGAGGAUGCUCGCUCUCAGGCCCGCGAGCUCAUCGAGAAGGCGGGUCCCUUCUUCCUCGUCCACGUGGCGACGUCGCUCGAGUACUCUGAGAAGACCGACCGCAGGGGUGUCUACCAGAAGGCGCGCGCCGGCGAGAUCAAGGGUUUCACUGGUGUCGACGACCCUUACGAGGUGCCCGCCAAGGCGGAUCUCACCGUCGAUAUCGAGAAGCAGUCCGUCCGCUCCGCCGUGCACCAGAUCAUUCUGCUGCUCGAGAGCCAGGGUCUUUUGGACAGGAUCUAA